AGCCCGAAUACACCACGGCCACUCCCUAAUCUCGCCUCUUCUCAAUACAAGAGCCCAGCCCUGUUAGUCAACGCUGCCAUUAUCCAGCAAACAGCUGCAGCAACACAGACCCGCACAGAGAAAGAGAAAGAGAGAGGAGAGCGAGCGCUAACUCGACAGGAGAAAACGCGAACAUUCAGGGGCUACGCAAGACAAGGACACGCGGGGGGCUUUUCAUAAAGAGGACCGGGGGAAGGUGAAGCAGACACGGCAUUCUGGAAAGCAUGAGAAAUUCUCGACGCGUUAGUCCGGGAGAGCUGAACUGAACUGAGCUGAGCUGAGCUGGGAGGCAGGAGGCAGGAGGCACACACAGGUUGAACGACAGAAAGACCGGCAGAAAGCAAAGUGACCUGGAAGAGUGAACGAGGCUGCAGUGCUAGGAUUGGACACGUGGAAAUAAUCUUUCUGCUUGAGAUUGCUUGAAGAAGUUGGAGAUUAAAGAUGGAUGAAGAUGAGGGCCCGCGGGAGGUCCUGUUCCCUCAGUGGAUGGGGGCUGACCAGCACGGCCUCACUAUCGAGGGCAGCGAGGGGGAGGUCUACGUCAAAGAAGUGAAGCUUGAGUCGUCCGCCGCCAAAACAGGGAAAGUGCACCAAGGUGACCAGAUCGUGGGCGCUACCAUCUACUUCGAUAACAUGAGCUCCGAGGAGACGUCCGAACUGCUGAAGACCCUCAACCGGCACACGGUGGGCCUGAAACUGCAGCGCAAAGGCGGGGACAAAUCCCCCUGCCGGUCCCCCAGAGGAGAGGGGUCGUCCCGCGACAUGGGGGCCAGCUUCGACCGCUACGGGGGAUCCAGCCCAGACAUGGUCCUGAGUGGUGACGACGAGGACUACAGAAGGAUCUACACAAAGAAAAUCAAACCGCGCCUCAAGUCUGAGGACCUGGCGGAGAGCAGCAGCGUGGAGGUGCAGACGGAGCGGCAUGGUGGAACCGUUACCACGGUGACGCGCAAAAUAACCACCUACACCGUGGACAUGCCGGGAUCGGAGUGCCACGACAUCACCAGCCCGGAGUUCAAAGUCAAGGUUCCGCGACACGACGGCUCAGAAUCGUCAGAGAUGGACGUUCAGUACGGAUCGGGAGCGCAGGUCCGAGUUCCACACGGCUUCACCAUCGGAGGGGCGUCUGGAGGAUCCAACACCACCGUCACCAGGAUGUUAGGGUCCACAGAAACGCACUGGGGAGCAGGAGGAGGAGGAGGAGGAGGAGGUAUCCGGGGACCCAAGAUGGAUUUCGGGACCUCCACCAUCACCACUGACCUGGGAACGAACGUGGAAGGCUCCAACGGGAAAUCCGUGAAGUUCCGAGUCCCCGGGUUUUCGGAAUCGACGAUACAAGGACCGGAUGUGAAGCUGGACGGCAGUCUGGGAGCGCGCUCGGGAGGCACUGUCACCACAGAGACUUACACGUACAGGAGCAAAGGCGUGGAGGUGCCUUCAUUGGACGUGACGAGGUCCGGCGUUUCAGGACGAGCGGUCGACGGGAAGCUCGAAACUUCGACCAUGGAAUUCAAGGGUUCCAGCGUCGACGUGCCGAAGAUGCCUUCCGUGAGCGUCUCGGGCUUCGAUCUGAAUGGGAAAGGAGCAGGAGGCUUCACUGUGUCGGCACCAAAACUGGAAGGAGACGUCAAAGGCCCCAAAGUGGACAUCAAAGCCCCGACAAUUAAAACUUCAGUUGGGGGCGGAGAUGUUAAAAUGCCUGCCGUCGAGAUCAAAGCCCCAAGCGUUGAUAUCAAAGGUGGAGUCCAAGGGACUGGCCUCUCCAUGCCGUAUGUGGACCUUUCGGGACAGAAGGUCUCGGCACCAGAAGUGGACAUUAACUGGAAAGGGGCCAAAGUCUCUGCUCCUAAAAUAUCUGGGGAUAUCAAAGCGCCCACAGUAGACGUCAAAGCGCCAGGCAUCAACGUCGGAAUGUCGGGCGUCAAGCUGGAUGCGAAGACUCCCAAGGUCGAAUUCUCUGGCCCUGAAAUCAAAGGGACAGAUUUUAGUGCAAGCCUGCCGAAAGCUGACAUCAACGUUCCAAAGAUGAGCCUGGAUGCUUCAUCUGUUUCGGGGCCUGGCAUCUCCGUCCCUGGCUUUGACAUCAAAGGACCCAAACUUCAGGGAGACAUCAAAGCUCCAACAUUAGACAUCCAAGCCCCUGAUGUAAACGUCCAGGCACCAGGCAUUGACAUCGGAGGCCUUGAAGGAAGUUUCAAAGGAAAGCUGCCCAGCUGCAAAGGUCCGAGUGUGAGCAUUGAGGCUCCAGGAGUUGACAUCAAAGGACCAGAAGGAGGGUUUAAAAUGCCUAAACUGCCCAAGUUCGGAAUCUCUGGUCCCACAAUUGAAAGCCCUGAUGUGGACGUUAAGGGGCCUAAAGGCAAUGUUGUUGUCAAAGGGCCACAGAUAGACAUUCAAACACCAGGUGCUGACAUUAAGGGUCCAAGUGGAAAGAUGAAAGGGCCCGGAUUCAAGACGCCUGAUUUUGAUGUCAGUCUGAAAGGGCAGAAGGUGAAGGGAGAUGUGGAUGUUUCAGGGUCGAAGAUAGAAGGUGACAUCAAAGGGCCGAAGGUAGACAUUGAUGCUCCACAUGUUGAUAUUGAAGGACCAGAAGGAGGAUUCAAAAUGCCCAAAUUCAAAAUGCCUACGUUUGGAAUCAAAGGUCCUAAAGUUGAAGGACCAGAUGUAGAUGUGAAUCUACCCAAAGGAGAUAUUAACAUCAAAGGGCCACAGAUAGAAGGUGACCUCAAAGGGCCAAAGAUAGACAUUAAAGGGCCACAGGUUGACUUAGAAGCCCCAGAUGUUGAUAUCGAAGGAUCGGGCGGAUUCAAAAUGCCGAAAAUCAAAAUGCCUACGUUUGGAAUCAAAGGUCCUAAAGUUGAAGGCCCAGAUGUAGAUGUGAAUCUACCCAAAGGAGACAUUGAUAUCAAAGGGCCGAAGAUAGAAGGUGAUCUCAAAGCUCCGAAAGUGGACAUCAAAGCUCCAGAUGUUGAUAUAGAGGUACCUAGUGGAAAGGUGAAGGGUCCCGGAUUCAAGAUGCCAUCAGUGUCAGGACCCAACAUAUCAAUGCCAAGCCUGGACUUCAAUCUGAAAGGGCCGAAGGUGAAGGGAGAUGUGGACGUUUCAGUGCCACAGAUAGAAGGUGACCUCAAAGGGCCAAAGAUAGACAUUAAAGGGCCACAGGUUGACUUAGAAGCCCCAGAUGUUGAUAUCGAAGGAUCGGGCGGAUUCAAAAUGCCGAAAAUCAAAAUGCCUACGUUUGGAAUCAAAGGUCCUAAAGUUGAAGGCCCAGAUGUAGAUGUGAAUCUACCCAAAGGAGACAUUGAUAUCAAAGGGCCGAAGAUAGAAGGUGAUCUCAAAGCUCCGAAAGUGGACAUCAAAGCUCCAGAUGUUGAUAUAGAGGUACCUAGUGGAAAGGUGAAGGGUCCUGGAUUCAAGAUGCCAUCAAUGUCAGGACCCAACAUAUCAAUGCCAAGCCUGGACUUCAAUCUGAAAGGGCCGAAGGUGAAGGGAGAUGUGGACGUUUCAGUGCCAAAGAUAGAAGGUGACCUCAAAGGGCCAAAGGUAGACAUUAAAGGGCCACAGGUUGACUUAGAAGCCCCAGAUGUUGAUAUCGAAGGAUCGGGCGGAUUCAAAAUGCCGAAAAUCAAAAUGCCUACGUUUGGAAUCAAAGGUCCUAAAGUUGAAGGCCCAGAUGUAGAUGUGAAUCUACCCAAAGGAGACAUCAAUAUCAAAGGGCCACAGAUAGAAGGUGACCUCAAAGGGCCAAAGGUGGACAUCAGAGCUCCAGAUGUUGAUAUAGAGGUACCUAGUGGAAAGGUGAAGGGUCCUGGAUUCAAGAUGCCAUCAAUGUCAGGACCCAACAUAUCAAUGCCAAGCCUGGACUUCAAUCUGAAAGGACCGAAGGUGAAGGGAGAUGUGGACGUUUCAGUGCCAAAGAUAGAAGGUGACUUCAAAGGGCCAAAGGUGGACAUUGGUCAUCCAGAUAUUGACAUUAAGGGUCCUGACGGCAACAUUAAGGGUCCUGGGUUCAAAAUGCCAACCAUUUCUGGACCAGAUCUAAAAAUGCCUAGUCUGGACUUCAAUCUGAAAGGGCCGAAGGUGAAGGGAGAUGUGGACGUUUCAGUGCCAAAGAUAGAAGGCGACUUCAAAGGGCCAAAAGUGGACAUUGGUCAUCCAGAUAUUGACAUUAAGGGUCCUGAUGGCAAGAUUAAGGGUCCUGGGUUCAAAAUGCCAACCAUUUCUGGACCAGAUCUAAAAAUGCCUAGUCUGGACUUCAAUCUGAAAGGGCCGAAGGUGAAGGGAGAUGUGGACGUUUCAGUGCCAAAGAUAGAAGGCGACUUUAAAGGGCCAAAAGUGGACAUUGGUCAUCCAGAUAUUGACAUUAAGGGUCCUGAUGGCAAGAUUAAGGGUCCUGGGUUCAAAAUGCCAACCAUUUCUGGACCAGAUCUAAAAAUGCCUAGUCUGGACUUCAAUCUGAAAGGGCCGAAGGUGAAGGGAGAUGUGGACGUUUCAGUGCCAAAGAUAGAAGGUGACCUCAAAGGGCCAAAGAUAGACAUUAAAGGGCCACAGGUUAACUUUGAAGCUCCAGAUGUUGAUAUCGAAGGAUCGGGCGGAUUCAAAAUGCCGAAAAUCAAAAUGCCUACGUUUGGAAUCAAAGGUCCUAAAGUUGAAGGCCCAGAUGUAGAUGUGAAUCUACCCAAAGGAGACAUUGAUAUCAAAGGGCCGAAGAUAGAAGGUGAUCUCAAAGCUCCGAAAGUGGACAUCAAAGCUCCAGAUGUUGAUAUAGAGGUACCUAGUGGAAAGGUGAAGGGUCCCGGAUUCAAGAUGCCAUCAGUGUCAGGACCCAACAUAUCAAUGCCAAGCCUGGACUUCAAUCUGAAAGGGCCGAAGGUGAAGGGAGAUGUGGACGUUUCAGUGCCAAAGAUAGAAGGUGACCUCAAAGGGCCAAAAGUGGACGUUGGUCAUCCAGAUAUUGACAUUAAGGGUCCUGACGGCAAGAUUAAGGGUCCUGGGUUCAAAAUGCCAACCAUUUCUGGACCAGAUCUAAAAAUGCCUAGCCUGGACUUCAAUCUGAAAGGACCGAAGGUGAAGGGAGAUGUGGACGUUUCAGUGCCAAAGAUAGAAGGUGACCUCAAAGGGCCAAAGAUAGACAUUAAAGGGCCACAGGUUGACUUAGAAGCUCCAGAUGUUGAUAUCGAAGGAUCGGGCGGAUUCAAAAUGCCCAAAUUCAAAAUGCCUACGUUUGGAAUCAAAGGUCCUAAAGUUGAAGGCCCAGAUGUAGAUGUGAAUCUACCCAAAGGAGACAUUGAUAUCAAAGGGCCAAAGAUAGAAGGUGAUCUCAAAGCUCCGAAAGUGGACAUCAAAGCUCCAGAUGUUGAUAUAGAGGUACCUAGUGGAAAGGUGAAGGGUCCCGGAUUCAAGAUGCCAUCAGUGUCAGGACCCAACAUAUCAAUGCCAAGCCUGGACUUCAAUCUGAAAGGGCCGAAGGUGAAGGGAGAUGUGGACGUUUCAGUGCCAAAGAUAGAAGGUGACCUCAAAGGGCCAAAAGUGGACGUUGGUCAUCCAGAUAUUGACAUUAAGGGUCCUGACGGCAAGAUUAAGGGUCCUGGGUUCAAAAUGCCAACCAUUUCUGGACCAGAUCUAAAAAUGCCUAGCCUGGACUUCAAUCUGAAAGGACCGAAGGUGAAGGGAGAUGUGGACGUUUCAGUGCCAAAGAUAGAAGGUGACCUCAAAGGGCCAAAGAUAGACAUUAAAGGGCCACAGGUUGACUUAGAAGCUCCAGAUGUUGAUAUCGAAGGAUCGGGCGGAUUCAAAAUGCCCAAAUUCAAAAUGCCUACGUUUGGAAUCAAAGGUCCUAAAGUUGAAGGCCCAGAUGUAGAUGUGAAUCUACCCAAAGGAGACAUUGAUAUCAAAGGGCCGAAGAUAGAAGGUGAUCUCAAAGCUCCGAAAGUGGACAUCAAAGCUCCAGAUGUUGAUAUAGAGGUACCUAGUGGAAAGGUGAAGGGUCCCGGAUUCAAGAUGCCAUCAGUGUCAGGACCCAACAUAUCAAUGCCAAGCCUGGACUUCAAUCUGAAAGGACCGAAGGUUGAAGGUGACAUCAAAGGGCCAAAGUUAGACAUUGAAGCUCCUGAUAUUGACAUUGAGGGUCCUGAAGGCAAGAUCAAGGGUCACGGAUUCAAGAUGCCAAAAAUCUCAAUGCCUGAUGUAGACUUUAAUCUGAAAGGGCCGAAGGUGAAGGGAGAUGUGGACGUUUCAGUGCCAAAGAUAGAAGGCGACUUCAAAGGGCCGAAGGUAGAUAUUGAUGCUCCAGAUGUUGACAUUGAAGGACCAGAAGGAGGAUUCAAAAUGCCCAAAUUCAAAAUGCCCAAGUUUGGUUUCAAAGGUCCUAAAGUUGAAGGCCCAGAUGUAGAUGUGAAUCUACCCAAAGGAGACAUUAACAUCAAAGGGCCACAGAUAGAAGGUGAUCUCAAAGCUCCGAAAGUGGACAUCAAAGCUCCAGAUGUUGAUAUAGAGGUACCUAGUGGAAAGGUGAAGGGUCCCGGAUUCAAGAUGCCAUCAGUGUCAGGACCCAACAUAUCCAUGCCAAGCCUGGACUUCAAUCUGAAAGGGCCGAAGGUGAAGGGAGAUGUGGACGUUUCAGUGCCAAAGAUAGAAGGUGACCUCAAAGGGCCAAAGAUAGACAUUAAAGGGCCACAGGUUGACUUAGAAGCUCCAGAUGUUGAUAUCGAAGGAUCGGGCGGAUUCAAAAUGCCGAAAAUCAAAAUGCCAAAGUUUGGAAUCAAAGGUCCCAACAUUGAAGGCCCAGAUGUAGAUGUGAAUCUACCCAAAGGAGACAUUAACAUCAAAGGGCCAAAGAUAGAAGGUGACCUCAAAGCUCCGAAAGUAGACAUUGACACUCCUGAUAUUAACAUUGAGGGUCCUGAAGGCAAGAUCAAGGGACCCGGAUUCAAGAUGCCAACCAUUUCUGGACCCAACAUCAAAAUGCCAAGUGUGGAUUUCAAUCUGAAAGGACCGAAGGUGGAAGGUGACAUCAAAGGGCCAAAGUUAGACAUUGAAGCUCCUGAUAUUGACAUUGAGGGUCCUGAAGGCAAGAUCAAGGGUCCUGGUUUCAAGAUGCCUACAAUUUCUGGACCCAACAUUAAAAUGCCCAAGUUUGGUUUCAAAGGUCCUAAAGUUGAAGGCCCAGAUGUAGAUGUGAAUCUACCCAAAGGAGACAUUGAUAUCAAAGGGCCAAAGAUAGACAUUGACACACCUGAUAUUGACAUUGAGGGUCCUGAAGGCAAGAUCAAAGGUCCUGGAUUCAAGAUGCCAACCAUUUCUGGACCCAACAUCAAAAUGCCAAGUGUGGAUUUCAAUCUGAAAGGACCGAAGGUGGAAGGUGACAUCAAAGGGCCAAAGUUAGACAUUGAAGCUCCUGAUAUUGACAUUGAGGGUCCUGAAGGCAAGAUCAAGGGUCACGGAUUCAAGAUGCCAAAAAUCUCAAUGCCUGAUGUAGACUUUAAUCUGAAAGGGCCGAAGGUGAAGGGAGAUAUGGAUGUUUCAGGUCCAAAGAUAGAAGGCGACUUCAAAGGGCCGAAGGUAGAUAUUGAUGCUCCAGAUCUUGACAUUGAAGGACCAGAAGGAGGAUUCAAAAUGCCUAAAUUCAAAAUGCCCAAGUUUGGUUUCAAAGGUCCUAAAGUUGAAGGCCCAGAUGUAGAUGUGAAUCUACCCAAAGGAGACAUCAAUAUCAAAGGGCCAAAGAUAGAAGGUGAUCUCAAAGCUCCGAAAGUGGACAUGAAAGCUCCAGAUGUUGAUAUAGAGGUACCUAGUGGAAAGGUGAAGGGCCCCGGAUUCAAGAUGCCAUCAAUGUCAGGACCCAACAUAUCAAUGCCAAGUCUGGACUUCAAUCUGAAAGGGCCGAAGGUUGAAGGUGACAUCAAAGGGCCAAAGAUAGAUAUUGAAGCUCCUGAUAUUGACAUUGAGGGUCCUGAAGGCAAGAUCAAGGGUCCCGGAUUCAAGAUGCCAAAAAUCUCAAUGCCUGAUGUAGACUUUAAUCUGAAAGGGCCGAAGGUGAAGGGAGAUAUGGAUGUUUCAGUGCCAAAGAUAGAAGGUGACAUCAAAGGGCCAAAGAUGGACAUUGGUCAUCCAGAUAUUGACAUUAAGGGCCCUGAUGGCAAGAUUAAGGGUCCUGGUUUCAAGAUGCCAACCAUUUCUGGACCCAACAUCAAAAUGCCGAGUAUGGAUUUCAAUCUGAAAGGACCGAAGGUUGAAGGUGACAUCAAAGGGCCAAAGCUAGACAUUGAAGCUCCUGAUAUUGACAUUGAGGGUCCUGAAGGCAAGAUCAAGGGUCCCGGAUUCAAGAUGCCCAAAAUUUCUGGACCAAAUAUCAAAAUGCCGAGUAUGGAUUUCAAUCUGAAAGGACCGAAGGUGGAAGGUGACAUCAAAGGGCCAAAGUUAGACAUUGAAGCUCCUGAUAUUGACAUUGAGGGUCCUGAAGGCAAGAUCAAGGGUCACGGAUUCAAGAUGCCAAAAAUGUCAAUGCCUGAUGUAGACUUUAAUCUGAAAGGGCCGAAGGUGAAGGGAGAUAUGGAUGUUUCAGGGCCAAAGAUAGAAGGCGACUUCAAAGGGCCGAAGGUAGAUAUUGAUGCUCCAGAUCUUGACAUUGAAGGACCAGAAGGAGGAUUCAAAAUGCCUAAAUUCAAAAUGCCCAAGUUUGGUUUCAAAGGUCCUAAAGUUGAAGGCCCAGAUGUAGAUGUGAAUCUACCCAAAGGAGACAUUGAUAUCAAAGGGCCGAAGAUAGACAUUGACACACCUGAUAUUGACAUUGAGGGCCCUGAAGGCAAGAUCAAGGGUCCUGGUUUCAAGAUGCCAACCAUUUCUGGACCCAACAUCAAAAUGCCGAGUGUGGAUUUCAAUCUGAAAGGACCGAAGGUGGAAGGUGACCUCAAAGGGCCAAAGGUAGACUUUGAUGCUCCUGAUAUUGACAUUGAGGGUCCUGAAGGCAAGAUCAAGGGUCCUGGUUUCAAGAUGCCAACCAUUUCUGGACCCAACAUCAAAAUGCCGAGUGUGGAUUUCAAUCUGAAAGGACCGAAGGUGGAAGGUGAUCUCAAAGGGCCAAAGGUAGACUUUGAUGCUCCUGAUUUUGACAUUGAGGGUCCUGAAGGCAAGAUCAAGGGUCCCGGAUUCAAGAUGCCAACCAUUUCUGGACCCAACAUCAAAAUGCCCAAGUUUGGGUUCAAAGGUCCUAAAGUUGAAGGCCCAGAUGUAGAUGUGAAUCUACCCAAAGGAGACAUUGAUAUCAAAGGACCAAAGCUAGACAUUGAAGCUCCUGAUAUUGACAUUGAGGGUCCUGAAGGCAAGAUCAAGGGUCACGGAUUCAAGAUGCCAAAAAUCUCAAUGCCUGAUGUAGACUUUAAUCUGAAAGGGCCGAAGGUGAAGGGAGAUAUGGAUGUUUCAGGGCCAAAGAUAGAAGGCGACUUCAAAGGGCCGAAGGUAGAUAUUGAUGCUCCAGAUCUUGACAUUGAAGGACCAGAAGGAGGAUUCAAAAUGCCUAAAUUCAAAAUGCCCAAGUUUGGUUUCAAAGGUCCUAAAGUUGAAGGCCCAGAUGUAGAUGUGAAUCUACCCAAAGGAGACAUUGAUAUCAAAGGGCCGAAGAUAGACAUUGACACACCUGAUAUUGACAUUGAGGGCCCUGAAGGCAAGAUCAAGGGUCCUGGUUUCAAGAUGCCAACCAUUUCUGGACCCAACAUCAAAAUGCCGAGUAUGGAUUUCAAUCUGAAAGGACCGAAGGUGGAAGGUGAUCUCAAAGGGCCAAAGGUAGACAUUGAAGCUCCUGAUAUUGACAUUGAGGGCCCUGAAGGCAAGAUCAAGGGUCCCGGAUUCAAGAUGCCAACCAUUUCUGGACCCAACAUCAAAAUGCCCAAGUUUGGGUUCAAAGGUCCUAAAGUUGAAGGCCCAGAUGUAGAUGUGAAUCUACCCAAAGGAGACAUUGAUAUCAAAGGGCCAAAGGUAGACAUUGACACACCUGAUAUUGACAUUGAGGGCCCUGAAGGCAAGAUCAAAGGUCCCGGAUUCAAGAUGCCCAAAAUUACUGGGCCAAAUAUCAAAAUGCCAAGUAUGGAUUUCAAUCUGAAAGGACCGAAGGUGGAAGGUGACCUCAAAGGGCCAAAGGUAGAUAUUGAAGCUCCUGAUAUUGACAUUGAGGGCCCUGAAGGCAAGAUCAAAGGUCCCGGAUUCAAGAUGCCCAAAAUAUCUGGGCCAAAUAUCAAGAUGCCAAGUAUGGAUUUCAACCUGAAAGGACCGAAGGUGGAAGGUGACCUCAAAGGGCCAAAGGUAGAUAUUGAAGCUCCUGAUAUUGACAUUGAGGGCCCUGAAGGCAAGAUCAAGGGUCCUGGAUUCAAGAUGCCAACCAUUUCUGGACCCAACAUCAAAAUGCCAAGUAUGGAUUUCAAUCUGAAAGGACCGAAGGUGGAAGGUGACCUCAAAGGGCCAAAGGUAGAUAUUGAAGCUCCUGAUAUUGACAUUGAGGGCCCUGAAGGCAAGAUCAAAGGUCCCGGAUUCAAGAUGCCCAAAAUAUCUGGGCCAAAUAUCAAGAUGCCAAGUAUGGACUUCAAUCUGAAAGGACCGAAGGUGGAAGGUGACCUCAAAGGGCCAAAGGUAGAUAUUGAAGCUCCUGAUAUUGACAUUGAGGGCCCUGAAGGCAAGAUCAAAGGUCCCGGAUUCAAGAUGCCCAAAAUAUCUGGGCCAAAUAUCAAGAUGCCAAGUAUGGACUUCAAUCUGAAAGGACCGAAGGUGGAAGGUGACCUCAAAGGGCCAAAGGUAGACAUUGAUGCUCCAGAUAUUGACAUUGAGGGCCCUGAAGGCAAGAUCAAGGGUCCUGGAUUCAAGAUGCCAACCAUUUCUGGACCCAACAUCAAAAUGCCAAGUAUGGAUUUCAAUCUGAAAGGACCGAAGUUGGAAGGUGACCUCAAAGGGCCAAAGCUAGACAUUGAUGCUCCAGAUAUUGACAUUGAGGGCCCUGAAGGCAAGAUCAAGGGUCCCGGAUUCAAGAUGCCAACCAUUUCUGGACCCAAUAUCAAAAUGCCAAGUAUGGAUUUCAAUCUGAAAGGACCGAAGGUGGAAGGUGACCUCAAAGGGCCAAAGCUAGACAUUGAUGCUCCAGAUAUUGACGUUGAGGGCCCUGAAGGCAAGCUGAAAAGCCCAAAAUUCAAAAUUCCCAAAAUAUCUGGACCCAACAUUUCAAUGCCUGAUGUAGACUUUAACCUGAAAGGUCCAAAGGUGAAAGGAGGUGUAGAUGUUUCUGUGCCAAAGAUUGAAGGAGACAUCAAAGGGCCAAAAGUAGACAUUAAAGGCCCUGAUGUGAAUCUUGAGGCACCAGAUAUUGAUGUCAAAGGGCCAGAAGGAGGAUUCAAAAUGCCCAAAUUCAAAAUGCCCAAGUUUGGGUUCAAAGGCCCUAAAGUUGAGGGCCCAGAUGUAGAUGUGAAUCUACCCAAAGGUGACAUUAACAUCAAAGGUCCAAAGAUAGAAGGUGACAUCAAAGGGCCAAAAGUAGACAUUAAAUCUCCGGAUGUGAAUAUUGACGGGCCAGAUGUUGAUGUCAAAGGGCCGGAAGGAGGAUUCAAAAUGCCCAAAUUCAAAAUGCCCAAGUUUGGGUUCAAAGGCCCUAAAGUUGAAGGCCCAGAUGUAGAUGUGAAACUACCCAAAGGAGACAUUGACCUCAAAGGGCCAAAGAUAGACAUUGACACACCUGAUAUUGACAUUGAGGGUCCUGAAGGCAAGAUCAAGGGUCACGGAUUCAAGAUGCCAAAAAUGUCAAUGCCUGAUGUAGAAUUUAAUCUUAAGGGGCCGAAGGUGAAGGGAGAUAUGGAUGUUUCAGAGCCAAAGAUAGAAGGUGACUUCAAAGGGCCGAAGGUAGAUAUUGAUGCUCCAGAUAUUGAAAUUGAAGGACCAGAAGGCAAGCUGAAAAGCCCAAAAUUCAAAAUGCCCAAGUUUGGGUUCAAAGGUCCUAAAAUUGAAGGCCCAGAUGUAGAUGUGAAUCUACCCAAAGGAGACAUUGACCUCAAAGGGCCAAAGAUAGACAUUGACACACCUGAUAUUGACAUUGAGGGCCCUGAAGGCAAGAUCAAAGGUUCCGGAUUCAAGAUGCCCAAAAUUUCUGGGCCAAAUAUCAAAAUGCCCAGUAUGGACUUCAAUCUGAAAGGACCGAAGGUGGAAGGUGACCUCAAAGGGCCAAAGGUAGACAUUGAUGCUCCAGAUAUUGACAUUGAGGGCCCUGAAGGCAAAAUCAAGGGUCCUGGAUUCAAGAUGCCAACCAUUUCUGGACCCAACAUCAAAAUGCCAAGUAUGGAUUUCAAUCUGAAAGGACCGAAGGUGGAAGGUGACCUCAAAGGGCCAAAGAUAGACAUUGAUGCUCCUGAUAUUGACAUUGAGGGCCCUGAAGGCAAAAUCAAGGGUCCCGGAUUCAAGAUGCCAACCAUUUCUGGACCCAACAUCAAAAUGCCAAGUAUGGAUUUCAAUCUGAAAGGACCGAAGGUGGAAGGUGACCUCAAAGGGCCGAAGGUAGAUAUUGAUGCUCCGGAUGUGAAUAUCGAGGGGCCAGAUGUUGAUAUUGAAGGAGGAUUCAAAAUGCCCAAAUUCAAAAUGCCCAAGUUUGGAAUCAAAGGUCCUAAAGUUGAAGGCCCAGAUGUAGAUGUGAAUCUACCCAAAGGAGACAUUGAUAUCAAAGGGCCAAAGAUAGACAUUGACACACCUGAUAUUGAUAUUCAGUGUCCUGAAGGCAAGAUCAAGGGUCCUGGAUUCAAGAUGCCAACCAUUUCUGGGCCAAAUAUCAAGAUGCCAAGUAUGGAUUUCAACCUGAAAGGACCGAAGGUGGAAGGUGACCUCAAAGGGCCAAAAGUAGAUAUUGAAGCUCCUGAUAUUGACAUUGAGGGCCCUGAAGGCAAGAUCAAAGGUCCCGGAUUCAAGAUGCCCAAAAUAUCUGGGCCAAAUAUCAAGAUGCCAAGUAUGGACUUCAAUCUGAAAGGACCGAAGGUGGAAGGUGACCUCAAAGGGCCAAAGGUAGAUAUUGAAGCUCCUGAUAUUGACAUUGAGGGCCCUGAAGGCAAGAUCAAAGGUCCCGGAUUCAAGAUGCCCAAAAUAUCUGGGCCAAAUAUCAAGAUGCCAAGUAUGGACUUCAAUCUGAAAGGACCGAAGGUGGAAGGUGACCUCAAAGGGCCAAAGGUAGACAUUGAUGCUCCGGAUGUAAAUAUCGAGGGGCCAGAUGUUGAUAUUGAAGGAGGAUUCAAAAUGCCCAAAUUCAAAAUGCCCAAGUUUGGAAUCAAAGGUCCUAAAGUUGAAGGCCCAGAUGUAGAUGUGAAUCUACCCAAAGGAGACAUUGAUAUCAAAGGGCCAAAGAUAGACAUUGAUGCUCCUGAUAUUGACAUUGAGGGCCCUGAAGGCAAGAUCAAGGGUCCCGGAUUCAAGAUGCCCAAACUUUCUGGGCCAAAUAUCAAGAUGCCAAGUAUGGACUUCAAUCUGAAAGGACCGAAGGUGGAAGGUGACCUCAAAGGGCCAAAGGUAGACAUUGAUGCUCCAGAUAUUGACAUUGAGGGCCCUGAAGGCAAGAUCAAAGGUCCCGGAUUCAAGAUGCCCAAACUUUCUGGGCCAAAUAUCAAGAUGCCAAGUAUGGACUUCAAUCUGAAAGGACCGAAGGUGGAAGGUGACCUCAAAGGGCCAAAGGUAGACAUUGAUGCUCCAGAUAUUGACAUUGAGGGCCCUGAAGGCAAGAUCAAAGGUCCCGGAUUCAAGAUGCCCAAAAUAUCUGGGCCAAAUAUCAAGAUGCCAAGUAUGGACUUCAAUCUGAAAGGACCGAAGGUGGAAGGUGACCUCAAAGGGCCAAAGGUAGACAUUGAUGCUCCAGAUAUUGACAUUGAGGGCCCUGAAGGCAAAAUCAAGGGUCCUGGAUUCAAGAUGCCAACCAUUUCUGGACCCAACAUCAAAAUGCCAAGUAUGGAUUUCAAUCUGAAAGGACCGAAGGUGGAAGGUGACCUCAAAGGGCCAAAGGUAGAUAUUGAAGCUCCUGAUAUUGACAUUGAGGGCCCUGAAGGCAAGAUCAAAGGUCCCGGAUUCAAGAUGCCCAAAAUAUCUGGGCCAAAUAUCAAGAUGCCAAGUAUGGACUUCAAUCUGAAAGGACCGAAGGUGGAAGGUGACCUCAAAGGGCCAAAGGUAGACAUUGAUGCUCCAGAUAUUGACAUUGAGGGCCCUGAAGGCAAGAUCAAGGGUCCUGGAUUCAAGAUGCCAACCAUUUCUGGACCCAACAUCAAAAUGCCAAGUAUGGAUUUCAAUCUGAAAGGACCGAAGGUGGAAGGUGACCUCAAAGGGCCGAAGGUAGAUAUUGAUGCUCCGGAUGUGAAUAUCGAGGGGCCAGAUGUUGAUGUUGAAGGAGGAUUUAAAAUGCCCAAAUUCAAAAUGCCCAAGUUUGGAAUCAAAGGUCCUAAAGUUGAAGGCCCAGAUGUAGAUUUGAAUCUACCCAAAGGAGACAUUGAUAUCAAAGGGCCAAAGAUAGACAUUGAUGCUCCUGAUAUUGACAUUGAGGGCCCUGAAGGCAAGAUCAAGGGUCCCGGAUUCAAAAUGCCAACCAUUUCUGGACCCAACAUCAAAAUGCCAAGCAUGGAUUUCAAUUUGAAAGGACCGAAGGUGGAAGGUGACCUCAAAGGACCAAAGCUAGACAUUGAUGCUCCUGAUAUUGACAUUGAGGGCCCUGAAGGCAAGAUCAAAGGUCCCGGAUUCAAGAUGCCCAAAAUAUCUGGGCCAAAUAUCAAGAUGCCAAGUAUGGACUUCAAUCUGAAAGGACCGAAGGUGGAAGGUGACCUCAAAGGGCCAAAGGUAGAUAUUGAUGCUCCUGAUAUUGACAUUGAGGGCCCUGAAGGCAAAAUUAAGGGUCCCGGAUUCAAGAUGCCAACCAUUUCUGGGCCAAAUAUCAAAAUGCCAAGUAUGGAUUUCAAUCUGAAAGGACCGAAGGUGGAAGGUGACCUCAAAGGGCCGGAGGUAGAUAUUGAUGCUCCGGAUGUGAAUAUCGAGGGGCCAGAUGUUGAUGUUGAAGGAGGAUUCAAAAUGCCCAAAUUCAAAAUGCCCAAGUUUGGAAUCAAAGGUCCUAAAGUUGAAGGCCCAGAUGUAGAUUUGAAUCUACCCAAAGGAGACAUUGAUAUCAAAGGGCCAAAGAUAGACAUUGAUGCUCCUGAUAUUGACAUUGAGGGCCCUGAAGGCAAGAUCAAGGGUCCCGGAUUCAAAAUGCCAACCAUUUCUGGACCCAAUAUCAAAAUGCCAAGCAUGGAUUUCAAUCUGAAAGGACCGAAGGUGAAGGGAGACAUGGGUGCAAAUAUUCCUUCUGGAGACCUGAGCCUCUCUGGUCCUAAAAUUGAAGGCGAUAUAAAGGUCCCAGGAAUGGACCUGGAUGUCAAAGGACCCAAAAUCGACGUAAAAGCUCCCAGCGCUGACCUAGACAUCAACGCUCCAGAUGUCAACAUCUCGGGUCCUGAGGGCAACAUUAAAAUGCCAAAAUUCAAGAAGCCCAAGUUUGGUUUGGGGCUGAAAGGUGCCAAAGCGAACGUGAAGUCUCCGUCGCUGGAUGUCAUUCCCCCUGAAGGCGACCUCAGCCUCGAUGCACCUGACCUCAACGUUGACCUGAAAGGAAAGAAGGGCAAGUUGAAGAUGCCCAAAGGGAAAGGGAAGGUGAAGAAGCCCGACCUCGACGUGAGCGUCGGCUCCCCGGACCUCGAGGUGAAGGGGGCAAAGGUCAAGAAACCUUGGAAAUUCCACUUCCCGGACGUCGAGUUUGAUAUUAAAUCCCCCAGGAUGAAGGGCGACGCUUCUCUCUCCGGCCCCAAGGUCGAAGGAGGACUGAAGACCCCCGACGCUGACCUGCAGUCUCCAAGCUUGAAGGCUGAAAUGAAGACCCCUGAUGUGGACCUCCCCGAUGUCGGCAUCGAGGGGCCCGAUGCCAAGCUGAAAAAGCCCAAGAUGAAAAUGCCCAAAUUUCACAUGUCCGGCCCCAAACUCAAGGGACCGGAUGUAGACCUCAAUCUCAAAGGCCCGCAAGGCAAUCUGGAUGUUUCUGGGGAUGUGAACGUCAAGGCCCCCGAUGUCAGCUUGGAGGGCCCCGAAGGGAAGAUUAAGGGUCCCAAGUUCAAGAUGCCGUCUAUGAACUUGAGUGGGCCCGACAUCUCCGCCCCCGACUUCAACCUCAACCUCAAGGGACCACAGGUAAAAGGAGAUGCAGAUCUCAACGUCAAAGGCCCGAACGUCCAUGUGGAAGGACUGGAUGUGGAUGUUGAAAGCCCCGAGGGGAAGGUGAAAGGUCCCGGGUUUAAGAUGCCAACCCUUUCUGGACCCAACAUCAAAAUGCCAAGCAUGGACUUCAAUCUGAAAGGACCGAAGGUGGAAGGUGACCUCAAAGGACCGAGGGUUGACAUUGAGGCUCCUGAUGUUGAUUUCGAGGGUCCAAGUGGAAAGAUCAAGGGUCCCGGAAUCUCAAUGCCUGAUAUUGAUGUGAAUCUGAAAGGGCCGAAGGUGAAGGGAGGUGUGGAUGUUUCAGGAGACUUCAAAGGGCCGAAGGUGAAGGGAGGUGUGGGUGUUUCAGGAGACUUCAAAGGGCCGAAGGUGGACGUCAACGCUCCUGAUGUUGACGUGGAAGGGCUGGAAUUGAAAAUUCCCAAAUUAAAAGUUCCAAAGUUUGGCAUCAAACUCCCUACUGUGGAAGGCUCAGACAUGAAAGUCAAGCUCCCCAAGGGAGAUGUUUCAGGCCCUGGGUUAAAGGCUGACUUCGAGGGACCCAAGGUCGACGUGAAGGGUCCCGCCAUUGACGUCAAGACCCCAGAUAUUGAGCUGGAGUGCCCGGAGGGUAAAGUGAAGAAAUCGAAAUUCAAGAUGCCGAAAUUUGGUUUUGGGAGCCCCAAACUAGAAGGUCCCGACGUGGAUGUCAAUGUCAAGGGCUCUCGCAUUGAGGGGAAGCUUCCCGGAGCAGACCUCAGCAUCGAAGGGGGCAAGAUCAAAACGCCAUCCGGGGGUUUGUCUGGGUCCAAACCGGACCUGGACGUCAAUCUGAAGGGACCCAAAAUCGACGGCUCUGGCUUCGGGGUGAACUUGGGCUCCCCCGACGUGAGCGUUAAAGGGCCGAGCGUGGACCUCGGGGGCCCCAAAGUAGAAGUGGAAUCCUCGGGCGGGGCGUUUGACUUUGGCAAGGUGGACUAUGGAAAGAUGACCUUCACGAAUUUGAAGGUGCCGAGGUUCGGAGACCCCGCGCCCGAGCUGGAGGGCCCAGAGGUGGGGGUAGAUGUCGGGGGAGCAGGGCUAGACCUGGGGAAGGUGGGAGCAGCAGGAGAGCUGGAGAUCAAGAGUCCCAAAGUCAAAGGUCAGCUCAGCUCCCCGGGCAUGGAGGUGAAGAGCAGCGGCGCAGGAAAGGGCAAAAUCAAGAUGCCCAAGUUCUUCCAGAAAUCAAAGUCCAAGGGAAGCACUCCGGAUAUCAGCCUGGAGGGACCGGAGCUGGAGCUGGCCGGAGGCUCCAUGUCUCCUAAAGGCAAGUCGGCAUCGCUGGAUCUCUUCAAGAAACACCGGCACAGGUCCUCCUCUCUCAGCGACGAUGCCAACCUGGCCUCGCCCUCCUCCCCCUCCGGGCACCUGGAGGCGGAAGGGGGGGACUUCUCCCUGGAAGGAGGGGCGAAGGGGAAAGGGAAGAAGGGCAAGUCGAAAUUCGGGACCUUCGGCGGCCUCGGGUCCAAGUCCAAGGGCUCGUAUGAGGUGACGUUCAGCGAGGAGGGAGAGGCUGAGGUGUCUCUGGGUUCCAAGAAGGCGUCGCGGGUGUCCUCUACGUCCAGCAGCGACAGCGGGACCAGGGCGGGGUUCAAACUCCCCAAGAUCGAGCUGGCCGUGUCCAAGAAGUAAUUGUGUAAAUAGAAAUGACGAUUCAGCCGUGAGAGGGGCGCGCAAAUCCAGCCAUUGAGGUCUGGGAGUCUGGCCGAGGAGGGUUUUAAUUAAUAAAAAGUGACAUUGAUUUUAUUACCGGGGGGGGGGGGGGGGACAUUAAAUAAAUGAACCUGGAUUAAAAGACAAAAUUCUUAACUUACAGAAUUUAGGGGUACGGGUGGAACAAACACCGGGGGGCUUACAGACUUCGAGGACUGGACUUGUGGACCCUGAUUUAAUACACCCUUUAUUUUUUAUUUUGUUUUGUACAUAAAAAGAAAUUAACUUUUAUCAACUAUAUUCUCCCUCUCUCUCUCUCUCUCCCUCCCUCUCCCCCUCUCCCUCUCCCUCUUCCUCUCUCUCCCCCUCUCCCUCUCUCUCCCUCUCCCUCUCCCUCUCCCUCUCUCCCUCUCCCUCUCCCUCUCCCUCAGUACAGAAUUAAAGUGCCUUGUGUAGAAAUGAAAUGUCAGAGUCCUGAAAAGUAUCUCAAAAUAAUGGAUACGAUUGAUAAUAAGAUUGAGGUUUUUUUUUUUGUUUUGUUAAUAUAAUGCGCCCUAUUUUUGUAUUUUCGAAUGAAAUGUAAUCACACUGCUGCGUAUUAAUAAUGUCAAUGAUAAUAAUAGUAAUAACAUCAGUGCAUUUCUCUAAUUCUUUUUAGUUUGCAUUAAGCUGGGAGUGAACAGUGAACCCUGUUGGGUUUGGCGGGAGGGUUCGGCACAUUUGAUCUCUGGAGAGCGUUUGUUUUUUUCACUUUUAAUGACUUGAUGGCUUUCGCUUCCUCUCUGCGGCUGAGGGCUGGCUUUUAAAUUGUUCUCCUUUUAAAUAAAGUAAAUACAUAAUUGAUGGUGAAUCAAAGUUUUGUAAAAAUAAAUAAAUUAAGCUCCAUUUACUGCUGUUCCAAUGUAUUGAGAAGGCUGGGGUACGACUGCACAGGAAAUAGCUAUUAAUAUAGCAUAAUACUAAUCUCAUAAUGUCUAUUUUUUUUGUCAGGAGUUGAAAUCUUUUUCAGUCAAUUUGGUUAAAUACAUGACGUUUUUCCAUCUCAUGGCUUCUUAACAAAAGAGUUUUUUUUGGGUCUGUUUUUAUGGAUUAAAAUGAAAAGGGUUUUAGAGUGUUCUUUAAUAAAAACCAGGAUAGAAUUCCUGAAAUUAAAUAUUUUUUUCCCAAUGAAUUCUGAAUCCGUGCAGCCGCCCCCCCCAGCCUCUCUCGGAGCUUCUUCGAUGGUCGCUGUGUUUUAGAAAUGAUUACGUAACCUUCCUGUCAGUUUGUUAAUGAGUUUCGUUUCUUCAAACCUCUUCUCCUUGUGUGUCGAGGUCUCUCAACUCCCUUCUGCACGUUACCAGCCCAGUUAAGGACGUGGUUCACUGUAACAAGAGUGAUGACUUUAAAAAAUUCAAAUAAACUGUUUAACCUGAA